AUGGGCGAUGGUGAGCCAUCCCCUUCCCAACCCUCCUAUGCUCCUCUCCCUCAUCCCAAGCCACAGGACGCCAUCACCAUGGGGGACGGCAAAGCCCCUUCAUCCACACCUCUCCCUCAUCCGAAGUCGUCGAUUACCUCCUGGGGCGACGGCAAAACCUCCUUACCCCAACGCUCCUCCUUACCUGGCCUCACGCCACCCUAUUCAGCCAUGGCACCCUCUGAAAGACCCCAAACCGUGGACAUUCAAAGUGAAGGCAGCCCUUAUUCCAGUCACUCCCUCACUUCAGAUAUAACUGAGCUUAGUGCCGGGAAGUGGUUCUUUUAUUGUUUAUAUAUGGAGAAGGCAGGAAGGUACUUAUUUUUCUGGUGGCUUGGAAUUGCAUUUCACUUGUUCUUGCAUGUUGAAUGUGCUGAGAAGGCCCCGAAGAGACAUAUUCUACCGAACAAUAGUACUGAAGGACAGAUGCCAUUUCCUGCAGUCAAACUGCAUAAAUUGGAUGAUCAUGUGGUGAUGGACAAUGGUAUUGUUAAUCUCACGUUAUCUUCCCCUAGUGGUAUGAUCGUAGGAAUACAGUACAAAGAAACCGAGAACAUAUUGGAAUAUCGCUUCAAAGAAUCUGGAAGAGGACUUGAAGGGACAAGUUUCAGAGUUAUAGUAGAAACCGAAGAUCAGAUAGAAGUUUCAUUCACGAAAACAUGGAAUUCCUCUCUUGGUGACGAUGUUGUUCCCCUAAAUGUCGACAAAAGGUUUAUAAUGUUGCGUGGUGUAUCUGGUUUCUAUUCAUAUGGAAUAAUGGAACACUUAGAUGGUUGGCCUGCUUUAAACAUCGAUGAAUCAAGAAUAGCAUUCAAGCUUAACAAGGAUAUGUUCGAUUAUAUAGCUAUAUCAGACGACAUGCAAAGGACCAUGCCAACAGACCAUGAUCGAACCACAGGUCAAGUUCUUGCAUAUAAAGAAGCUAUUCUAUUGACAAAUCCUCAAAAUCCAACUUGUAAAGGCGAGGUGGAUGACAAGUACCAGUACUCGCGGGACAACAAGGAUGACUUGUUGCACGGGUGGAUUAGCGCUAAACCACGUGUAGGCUUCUGGAUAAUAACACCAAGCUACGAGUUUCGUCCUGGUGGCCCUCUGAAACCUGAUCUCACAUCCCAUGUUGGCCCAACUUCUUUAGCUAUAUUUUUAAGUAGCCAUUAUGCUGGUCCAAAUUUUAGAAUUGCAUUACGAGAUGGAGAGCCGUGGAAAAAAGUAUUCGGCCCUGUUUUUGUAUAUCUGAACUCAGAUCUCUGGAAUACGCCAAGUACACUUUGGGCAGAUGCUAAGAAACAGACGCUAAUAGAAAUCAAGAAAUGGCCAUAUGAUUUCCCUCUUUCAAAAGACUUUCCUAAUGCCAAUCAACGGGGAGCCAUUAGUGGUCGACUCUUUGUGUUUGACAAGUACAUGAAUAUAGAACCCAUACCAGCAAAAUCAGCAUAUGUAGGGUUGACUCCACCUGGAGAUUUGGGUUCUUGGCAAGAAGAGACUAAGGGUUAUCAAUUUUGGACUCAAACUGAUGAAAUGGGCUACUUCACAAUAAGAAAUGUUAGAGCAAGCACUUAUAAUUUGAAUGCUUGGGUUGUCGGAUUUAUUGGCGAUUAUAAAUACGACAAGGAUAUUGUCAUCAAACCAGGUAUAGAGAGCCAAAUCCAGCUAGGCGAUAUUAUAUAUAAACCCCCAAGAAAUGGUCCAACUUUGUGGGAAAUCGGAAUUCCUGAUCGUACUGCUGCCGAGUUUUAUGUCCCCGAUCCAGCACCAGGAUUCAUGACUCGAUUAUCUAUCAACCGCGCAGAAAAGUUUCGACAGUAUGGGUUAUGGGAUCGAUACACAGAUUUAUAUCCAAAUCAAGAUUUAGUAUACAGAAUCGGCAUUAGUGAUUACAGAUACGACUGGUUUUUCGCUCAUGUCAAUAGAAAAAUAAGUACAAAUAAUUAUCAACCAACCACAUGGCAAAUUUCAUUUGAUUUAAGGAAUGUUGUCGAGACAGGAUCCUAUAUAUUGCGGCUAGCAUUGGCAUCUGCCACCUAUGCUGAAAUACAAGUUCGAAUCAAUAAUCCAAUUGCACCAAGUCCUUACUUCACUACAAUGCGAAUUGGCAAGGAUAAUGCAAUUGCAAGGCAUGGAAUUCACGGAUUGUAUUCGUUGUAUAGUAUCAAGAUACAGGGAAUUGAAUUGAAGAAUGGUACAAAUGCAAUCUAUUUAAAGCAAUCAAGAGGUGGGCGUGCUAUCGUUGGAGUCAUGUAUGACUACAUUCGUUUAGAAGGGCCUAAGCUAGCUACUUGUUAG